UAAUGUCCCUUUUCCCCCUCAGGUUCUCCGAGGCACUGUGACCGACUUCCCCGGCUUUGACGAGCGGGCUGAUGCUGAAACUCUUCGGAAGGCCAUGAAGGGCCUGGGCACCGACGAGGAGAGCAUCCUGACCCUGCUGACAUCCCGGAGUAAUGCUCAGCGCCAGGAAAUUGUGGCCGCCUUCAAAACGCUGUUUGGCCGGGACCUUCUGGACGACCUGAAGUCGGAGCUGACCGGGAAGUUUGAGAAGCUGAUCGUGGCGCUGAUGAAGCCCUCCUGGCUCUACGACGCCUACGAGCUGAAGCACGCUCUCAAGGGAGCUGGGACGAAUGAAAAAGUCCUCACGGAAAUUAUUGCGUCCAGGACCCCUAAAGAACUGACGGCCAUAAAGAGUGUCUAUGAAGAAGAGUAUGGCUCGAGCCUGGAAGACGAUGUGGUCGGGGACACCUCCGGGUUCUACCAGAGGAUGCUGGUGGUUCUUCUCCAGGCUAAUCGAGACCCGGACGCCGGGAUUGAUGAGGCGCAGGUUGAACAGGACGCUCAGACGCUGUUUCAGGCUGGAGAGCUUAAAUGGGGGACAGACGAAGAGAAGUUCAUCACCAUCUUGGGAACGCGAAGUGUGUCUCAUUUGCGAAGGGUGUUUGACAAAUACAUGACUAUAUCAGGAUUUCAAAUCGAGGAAACCAUUGACCGAGAGACUUCUGGUAACUUGGAGCAACUGCUCCUUGCUGUCGUGAAAUGCAUUCGAAGUAUCCCGGCCUACCUUGCGGAAACCCUCUACUACGCCAUGAAGGGCGCUGGGACCGACGACCAUACCCUCAUCAGAGUCAUCGUCUCCAGGAGCGAGGUCGACCUGCUCAACAUUAGGAAGGAGUUCAGGAAGAACUUUGCCACCUCUCUCUAUUCCAUGGUUAAGGGCGAUACAUCCGGGGACUAUAAGAAAGCCCUCCUGCUGCUCUGUGGAGGCGAAGAUGACUGAAGCACCCCCAGAUGAAGGACCCCCGUCCCCUGCCCACCACCGCCGCCGCCUUCCUCAGCACCGCUCACUGCACAGUGCCGGCCGGAGCCGACACCCCGCCUCACCCCCUGGAUGCCGGAGGCCGGCUCGGCUCGUGGGAGCAGGUCGCCGGCCUCUUUCCGCUCUUCCCCUCCCGUCUGUCUCUCUGACUGUUGUAGUCCCCAAGUCCACCUAUGUUAGUUACUGAGACUAAAGUCUGCGUCACUAUGUUCUUUGCCUUAAGAGGUCCGACCGCUCUUAGCCGUUUCAGCGCUUGCCUGAUGUACAGUGAUAACCGUAUUACCUAAACUGGAAGCUUAGCCGUGAAGUUGUGAACACCCGGGCGCCUCAUUAACCACGUAGGCCACUAUGUUACCUGAGAAAUUCUGGUGGCUGCCUUCAAAAGAUUAACGAAAAAUAAACUUUUCCUUCCCCUA